GAGGUGAAUUUGUUUUUUCAUUGUUUUUUAAUGGUUUUUUAUUUGCAUUAUUUCGAACUUCCUUUAAAUCACUGUAUAAGUUUUUUUUUAAUAUUGCAAUUGCUUUUAUUAUAAUUAAUCAGACUUAACAUUUGUCGAAAGCGUAUUUAGAAUUUCAUUUUUUUAUUAACAGUGAUUAACAUCUGUAAAAAACGCUUCAAAGAUGUCAAUGUCACAACUGUCACAGUCAAUUCAAAUUUUAUUAUUUUACUGGCAUCACCAUUCACGAAAGUGGUUUGUUAUUUUUAUCAAAUAAUUAACAUUUAAAUAAAAACAAUGACCUCCAUGGCAUCAGACUGUGAAUCGAACGUUAGCGGGUUUAUAACUUGUAAUGACCGGACCAUCUCUCAAAUGUAUUUGUCUGCUAUUCAGGGAAUGGAGUCAAUAAACCAAGAUUUGCUGCUAAUAGCAAAUAACAUGAAGAGGAUUGUGAGCCAGGCGGGCCCCCUUGAGAGCCAGCUGAAUGCCUUGCUCCGAGCCCUGCCAGACCCCAACCUGCAAAUGAACAUGGAAACUGAAUGAUAUUGUUAUCUUAAGGAUUUUUUUUAUUAAUAUAAGUAUAUUUUAAGACUGAAGAAGUAAAUAUAUGUUGAAAACCCA